AUGUCUGAUUUUAUGAACUAUUUCCGUAGCGUCGGCCGCAACAUCAACGGCGUUUUUCACAAGGGUGAAGGUCGCGGUUAUAAACCCUCAGGAAAUCCUCAACGCAACUUCGCCAGAGAACCGCCGGGCUAUGAUGAAGUGUUUGGACGAGCAUCACGAGUUCCAAGAACUCAGGACGUUAACCAAGACGCGCACAAUGUUCCCGUUGCUUCUCGGGCUUAUUUAGCGUCGCAGCAAGUAACUAUUCCCGUUUCACCCGCGGACACAAACCUACGAAUUAAUGCUGAGUCAUGUAUAUAUCGUGAGCAAGAUGAUACGACAAUGGAAACUCCCCCUCAAUCAAGAGAAGUUACUCCUGAACCAGAACUACAUCAUCUGGUAGAUGCUAUUGUAGCUCAGUCCGGUGCCCAACCAAGAAUAGUCACUCCUGAGCUAGAAGUCCAUCAUUUAGAAGACGCUAUCAGUGCUCAAUCUACCCCUCGAGUCAGAGUAGACACUCCUCAUCAAACUUUCCAUCGUCUUCCGGGCUCGAAUAUUGAUCGAGAUACCCGGCUACAAGCAAGAAUUUUCAGCAAUCAAGAAGUACGCGACACAGUAUCAAGGCUUCCACCCGCUCUUAGGUCUGCGUCCUUGCAAGAAAGAUUUGGUAACCCUGGCCAGUCUACUUUACCACGAGUAGCCUUUCAAGCAAAUGAAUUUGAAUAUAGACAUAGUGGUAGUGACACUGUUGAGCCAUAUUCAAUGCAACCAAGAGCUGUAAGUGCUCCCCAGCCCGCUUUACGAUCAAACAUUCCGGUAUUUGUCGGAACUGCUUCGUCGCAGCAGAGAGCUACAUCGCAAUCAAGUAUUCCAAUUGCUAAUAGAGUGGCGUCGUCACAUCAACGUGUCAGCAGAGCUCAUCAGCCAUCUCCUUCACGCGAAGCAUUUACGACUUCUGCCCGGUUUCCCUUGAUGAACGGACAAGAUCCAGCCCCCUCAGAACAAGUUGCCUCAACUAGAAAGAGACAUUGUCACAACGUGGUACCGGAAGAAUUCGUCAUCCCUAAUCGAUCUUCGCCAAGAGUGCAUGGAACUCCCCAAGAAGGUUCAUUAUCAGGAGAUCUUCAUGCUCUCAAGUUGAACUAUCCUUCUGAACGGGCCGGUAGACCAAGUUUUGCGACCCAUAGGGAAAUAACUAGUCGCCAAGCUACACAAAGUAAUGGAACUAGUUCAAACACAGUAGCCGGCAACACACCAUCAAAUGCGCUUAAAAAUACACACUACAACGGCAUUGGCAGGUCAUCAACUAGUCAUCAUGAAAAUCAUAGUGGUGCUUGUUGCAGUACUAGAUCGAGGAGAGAACUUGCUCAUUCUGAAAGCAUCGAAAGUAUGGAUGUAGAAAUGAAUACUCCAACUACAGAACCUAUUACCAAUUUCUCUAGACCUAGAAAUUCAGAGCCCACCACUACAUCUAAUUUUUCCCUAUAUCAGAUUCAAAAUGAGUAUUUGGCCGAAGCAUAUAUGAGACACACUGGCGGUCUAACACUUGCCCAACGAAUGGAAGCUGAGCGACCUCGCCGCGGUCUACCUCGUUCACCUGGUAUGUACAAUCUUCCAACGGUAAAUGAUGAAAUCAAUCAUCCCAUUCACCCCGGUGACUUCCACAACGAUGGAUAUCAUCCUGUUGAUAGGGAUCCCGGUCGACAUGAAGAACGCGCACCAGCUCCAGCAAACCGUCGAGCAGCUGGUAAUUUGAGACAACGCCGUGCACGUAAUAGUUACGCAAGUCGCCAAAGAUGUGCUGCUCGCCAUCGAGCAGCCAUUGCUAGGGAAGAAGCACUCGCAAAGGAUAAUGAAAGUAAAAAGAGAAAGAGAGAAAGACAAAAAUGCAUCUCGAAGGUCCUAGGCCAAGUUAGUAUGAACAAUUGCUUCUGCGAGGACGGAUAUGAUGAUGCUGGCGAGCCUCAUGAACCUGUGAAGAUGCUAAAUUGUAGGCAUAUCUUUGGGAGGAGCUGCAUUACAGAGUGGUUGAUGGUCCAUAAUACCUGUCCGCUGUGCAGAAGUGAGGUUCCUCUCUCACCUUAA